AUGGGUGAUCCGUACGCGUCAUCGGAUUACAGCGGUUCCUCAUACGGUGGUCAGUACUCCAUGCCACCCCCUUCAUUAGGCUCUGGGGAUAAUACUUAUAGUGCGAAUCAACAGCAAUCUGGUAAUUACAAUCAAAGUAGCUAUGGCGGUCAAAAUGCCAAUCAACCUUGGAGUCAGCAGAGCUCUGGCGGAGCAGGCGGUGGAGGCUACGGAGGACAGGAAAACUAUGGACAGGCUUUUGCAUCUAAUUAUAACAACAGCGGCGGUUUCGAUCGCAAUGGUAGUAACAACUUCAACGUGAGUAGUGGAGGUGAUCGUGGUGGAAAUUUUGGAAAUAAUGACCGUGGAAGUGGUAAUUAUGGCGGUGACCGCGGAAGUGGAGGAUAUAGUGGCGGAGACCGUAGUGGCGGAUCUAACUAUGGUGGAGGUGACCGUGGAAGUGGCUACUCUAGUGGUGGUGACAGAGGAGGUUACGGAGGCACUGACAGACCAAGUUACAAUAGAGACGGGGGAAAUAGGGAUGGCUUUGGUGGCGGCGGCAGGGGGGGUGGUUUUAACAAAGGAGGCGGCGGUGGCUACGGUGGCGACAGGGGGGGCAGUGGUGAUAUGGUUACGCAGGAGGACACAGUCUUCAUACAGGGCAUGAACCCUUCUACUACUGAAGACGAACUGUGUCAGCAUUUUGGCGCAAUCGGCAUAAUAAAGAUGGAUAAGAAGACUCAGCGACCUAAAGUGUGGAUGUAUAAAGACAAAGCCACAGGUCAACCGAAAGGAGAAGCGACGGUGACAUACGAAGACUCGAAUGCUGCCUCGUCCGCCAUUCAAUGGUUCGACGGAAAGGACUUUAACGGAUCCACUAUUAAAGUUUCUCUAGCUCAAAGACAGAACACGUGGGGAGGUGGAAAAGGCGGCGGCGGUGGAUUUCGAGGAGGUAGAGGCGGGGGCUCCGGUCCGCCGCGUGGCGGUCGCGGGGGAGGAGGUGGCGGUAGCGGACCGCCCUCGGGCAAUCGCGAAGGGGACUGGCGAUGCCCAAACCCCACUUGUGGAAACACUAACUUCUCGUGGAGGAAAUCGUGUAAUAGGUGUAAUGAAGAGAAACCUGGCGGUGGCGGAGGCGUCGGAGGUCCGCCAUCUGGUGGCGGCGGCCGGGGGGGCGGGCCACCUCGCGGUGGGCGCGGAGGUGGUCGAGGCGGUGGGAGUCGCGGAGGCGGCGGUGGGGGCGGAUGGGGCGGACGACCUGACCGCGGAGGUGAUCGCUCAGGCGACAGACGCGGCGGCGGCGAUCGCGGCUCCAGUGGCGGCGCCAUGAGAGGCGAUGGCGGUGGGAGAGACAGACAACGGCCUUAUUAA